UAUUUUGGCGAGGAAACAAUAAAGGCAGGAAGAUGGAUGGGUAUUUGUGACAUUGGGUGGUGAGGGAUCUGGCGUUUGGAAUGGAGUCAGGCGGGAAAUAUUGUAUCACUGGGGCAGAAAGAGAAUAAGCAACAUGGUACUGGAAAGCUGGUGGAGGUGAGAACCAAGAACAAGAAUAAGAAUCAAAAGCAGCAGCCUGAGACAUAGGCCAUUUGGAUUUAAGGAACUGGAACAAGUGGGGAAAUGUGUAUGGGCUUGUGCAGAGAGUGAGGAAGAAGAUGACGUUGACAUGGAAGUUGAAGAUCAAGACAGCAAGGAGACUGAAAAGCCAAACAUCAUUAAUUUUGAUACUAGCCUGCCAACUUCACAUGUGUAUUUAGGAUCUGAUAUGGAAGAGUUUCAUGGAAGGACUGUCCAUGAUGAUGACAGUUGUCAGACUAUUCCAGUCUUACCCCAUCUGAUGGUAAUGUUGAUUCCUGGACAAACACUGCCUCUUCAGCUCUUUAGUCCCCAAGAGGUUAGCAUGGUGCGGAAUUUAAUACAGAAAGACAGAACCUUUGCUGUUCUUGCAUACAGCAACGUACUUGAAAGAGAAGCACAUUUUGGAACGACAGCAGAAAUUUAUGCCUAUCGAGAAGCGCAAGAGUAUGGAAUUGAAACAGUCAAAGUAAAAGCCGUGGGAAGGCAAAGGUUUAAGGUUCUUGAAAUAAGAACUCAAUCAGAUGGAAUACAGCAGGCAAAGGUGCAAAUCCUCCCUGAGCGAGUUCUGCCUUCAACUAUGUCAGCAGUGCAGCUGGAGUCCUGCAGCAGAUGCCACAUAUUUCCUUCUUCCAAGCCUGCAGCAUGGCAGGAUCAACAUAUACAUCAAUGGCGGCAGAAAUAUCAAAAGCGCAAAUUCCACUGUGCUAGUCUGACUUCCUGGCCGUCUUGGUUGUAUUCCUUAUAUGAUGCUGAAACCUUGAUGGAAAGAGUCAAGCAGCAGCUGCACGAGUGGGAUGAAAAUCUUAAAGAUGAAUCGCUUCCAUCAAAUCCAAUAGAUUUUUCAUACAGAGUUGCUGCUUGUCUGCCCAUUGAUGAUGCACUGCGAAUUCAGCUGCUUAAAAUUGGUAGUGCUGUUCAGCGACUACGAUGUGAACUAGAUAUAAUGAACAAAUGUACGUCUCUCUGCUGUAAGCAUUGUCAAGACACAGAAAUAACUACUAAAAAUGAAAUAUUCAGUUUAUCUCUUGGUGGGCCUAUGGCUGCAUAUGUGAAUCCUCAUGGAUUUGUGCACGAGACGCUUACUGUGUACAAAGCUUGCAACUUGAAUCUGACUGGCAGAUCUUCCACAGAGCACAGCUGGUUUCCUGGGUAUGCAUGGACUAUAGCCGAGUGCAGAAUCUGCGGAAGCCACAUAGGCUGGAAGUUUACUUCAACAAAGAAGGAUAUGUCACCUCAAAAGUUCUGGGGAUUGACCCGUUCUGCCCUGCUGCCAAGGAUUCCAGAAACAGAGGGUGAAUCUGGUAAAAGAUCACUGUUGCUUUGCCUGUGAUCAGAUAACCUUACCUUGGAUGAAUUAGCAGUCAGUGUCUUCUUAAAAAAAAUAUCAAAAAAUCUGCAAAGUGCUGCAUCUUAUGUCUGAUUAUCUAAAAGGAUCUGUUCACCUGAGCUUUGUGCAGAUAAAAGUACUGUUGCUUCCAAAGGCCCUGAAAAAAAUGACAUUUUAAGAUUGAGACUUCUGGAGGAAGAAGUACCAAAUGUGCAACGGAGAUGAGAAAGAAAGCAGUCCCCCCCCCCCCCGAUUCUUUCAUAAACACUGAAACAGACAGCUCAGACUUAGAUUUGCCCUGUAAUAAUGCAAGAAGACUCAUACUAUCGGUGGGAAGAUAAAACUCUGGAGGAGGAAUGAAGACUGAGUGUAACUCAACUUGUGGAUAAUGAACAGGUAUAAGAUAUUGCCCACUGUUAUAUUUGCCUGUAGAAUGUUGUGAAUUUAUAAGAAGCCCUGUUUUUUUAACUGUGUGAAAUAAGCUUACAGGUAUUAGUGUUUGCUUGAAUAAGCCUUAAAAGAGGACAAGGUCUAAACCUCCUAUAGGGGUUCAUGUGAUGACAGCAGGUCCCUCGUCACAAAGUGGUUGCUGGCAGAAGCCUACUGCUGAAAGGACUAUUAUAUGCAAUUCCUUUGUUAAAAAAAAAUCCCUAUAGAAUUGUUUUGUUGUAUCACCUUUAGCUGAUUUUGCUCCAUUUGGCAUGUUCUGACUGUUUUUUUUUUUUUUAAGGAAAACAUAAGUUAUUCAUGAAAAUGUUUAGGACUGCGAUAAAGUGUAAUUUUCUUCGUUAAUAUCUUCAGUACCUUUCCGUCUACCAUAUUGCAAUUGUGUACCUUUUUUACAUGUCUAAGAUUCUGUGGGGUCCUUGGCAGUGCCAUUUCUUUUGGCAUUGGUAAGUUGCAGCUGUCUGUCAAAAGUUUGAAAGGGUGUAAUUCAAUUAUAACUUGCUCUUUAGAACUAAUGCUUCCCAUUUGAGCAAGUUGGUUUUUAGGAGACAUAUGUGGGUUAUUGAAAUGGGGGCUAAAAACAGCAAAAAGGUGUGUGUGUGUGUGUUUUUUUGCCUUGUUUUCUUAGAAUGCACUUUGGCAAGGAAAGUCUGCAGAUGGCAGACUUAUUUUACAUAUAUUGGUAUUCCCACCCCUGCCCCGAGUCCAUUUUUGUCACUGCACUUCUUCAGAAUAUAUUGUUAGAGAUCUCGUUAAGGUUGGCUAGGUAUCUAGCAUUGCUGAUUUUAUAAGAACCAAUGUAUUUAUCUGUGGAGGGAGAUAACAACUUUUAAAAAAGCAAGCCCCCUAGUUUAGUGAUCCUGCCAUGGCUUCCGUCACUCCGCUGCUGAAAGCUUAUUUUGCUGGCAAUAAAUGGCAUUAGACACAGAAAGGGUGUUAGGAACUCAGUGUGCUUGAUAGAUAGGAAGAAGCAACUCUGUAAUUCAGGGUUGCUUCCUUGAAAGUCUUCUACCUCUGUAGUACUAUGUUUGUUUUUUUAUUUCUCAUUCCGGUCACAACUGAAUGUUCACCUUUAUUUCGUGCUGCAGCACUGUCUCUCCGCUGAGCUGUGAAAAGCAAUAGUAGCUAAAACCUCAUUUUGGACAGAGUGAGAUGUAGGUCGUUGUGUUAAGAGAGAGCAUUUUAGCUUUUUAUUUUCUCCAAAAGGAGCUCGUAUAGGAUUGCAAUAUUAAAACAUUAAUGUGAAAGCACAGGAUUGUGAUGACUGGCCUGUACUAAAACGAGUCAGGAUACUAGGGAGCUUUCUCCUAAGUGGGAAAAAUGUUGGAGCCUCUGUUUUUUGUUUUUGUUUUUAAAGAGGCUGGAGUUUUCAUUGCCAUCAGAGGGAUUUGUGGGUGGCAAGAAUUUUGAAAGGGGGGGGGGAGGCCUCUGUUUUGAAUGGUGGUGGGACAUGAUCAUUUGCGAAGCUGGCAUGUGGGUAAGGGGGGUGGUGGAUUUUGAACUUUUGCUAACAAUAGUGUAAUGCUAAUAAUGACUUCUACAUGUUAAAAUCUCAUCCUUCCAUCUCUUAUGUGAUGAAUGCUCACUGUAGCUGGUGCCCCAUUGCAAGACCUCUCUCUACAUGCUGCUACCAUCUCUUCACCUCCUAAGCAUGAUGAGAUCAAGAGCAGGUCUGAGGUUCCAACACUUCUCUUAGCCACCAUUGUAGGAGGGGAGAAUGUUUUCUUCUUCUUCUUCUUCUUCUUCUUCUUCUUCUUCUGCUGCUUCUGCUUCCUCUUCCUCUUCUUCUUCCUCCUCCUCCUCCUCCUCGAACAGAUCACUUUUACUACCUCUUCCCCACCAUCACCCCAACCAUAUUAUAGAACAAACUUUUCUAUCUUGCACAGUGUCAUAGGAUCAGGGAGGUCCCACGUUUUCAGUGAACCAAUACGUUUGUUAAAUUGCACAGAUCCUGUACAUGCAGAUGAUACAAGCCAGGACCUGUUCCUGAUCUUGCUGUACAUAGAGGCGAGGCAGCAGAAGCACUGCCCACAUCUUUUAUUAAUAUCAACUAUGUUUGUGUGCAAGCCAGCUUCCAAUAAACAGAGGUUGUGUAACAGCAGUGUUUGAUGAACUGAUGUCAAUAUAUUUUACUGGUUUUUGUUAUCAGUUGCCGCAGAAGAAGACAGAGUCAGCAAGCUUAAAAUUUGCCUAUUUGGUGGAAAUGUGUGUAAACACGGGGGGGGGAGUUGAUUUUUUUUUAAAAAGGGGAAAGCAUUAUAGUGAGAUCAACGAGAAAUAAAUACUCCACUAAUUUCAUUUAAUGUUGACUUGUUUCUGCCUUCUGCCCCAGUCUGUGUAAUGGGUUUGGUAUUAUCAAGCUCAUAACAUUUUCUAGCUUAUAAACUAGUGUGAUUUCAAGUAACUGCUAAAACCGUAUAUUCUGGUGUUGUGCAACUGGAUGUUGUACCCUCAAUGAAAAAUUCUUUAUGUAGAUUAUAUGCUUUCUGGUUCCAGUAUAAAACCAAUAAUGCUUCUC